AUGUCCAGUCUUCAGUUUCCUCCGUCCUCGCCUGUGCUAGAUGGGCCGGAGCUUUCCGGCAAUCCCUUCAAAGGCAGGGAGCCGCCAAGGGGCCGGUUUGAGUAUCCCACGCCCAACCCCUCGUCGACCGUGGGCCGCCUGUCGUCGCCGGCCAGACAAGAAAAAUACGCCGACCCUGCGGAACCCGCCACGGUGUCGAUCAACAGGGACUUCGAUGUCGUCGCUCCACACGCCCGGGACUUCGAUGUCGUCGCUCCGCACGCCCGGGUGUUGCGCGUGCCGCUUCUCUCCGACCGCAGCCGGAUCUCCAUAGGCCGCAGCUCCAAGAGCUGCGACUUCCAUUUCAAGGGCUCGGGCAAGGCCACGGACAAACGCAUCAGCCGCUGCCACGUGACCAUCGAGUAUCCCGGCAAGCACAUGGUGCUCACGUGCACGGGCUUCAACGGCUUUGGCAUCAUAGUGCCGCGCGUGUGCCUCGUCAAGCAGCUCGGCGAAAAGACGUUCCAGCUCGUGGAGACGGACACGCCGCUCCGCGCCGACGGCGUCUGGAAAUCCAUCCAUUUGGACCACCAGCACACUGAAUUCCACGUGGCGCGCGGGGAGUCCGUGCACAUGCCUCGGUUUGCCAACGUGCUCUUGCAGGUCGGCAGCCACGUGUUGUUGGUGAACCCCGACGACUGUGACGAGGACGUCACGGACGACGAGCCCAUGGAGCUGGAGCCUGCCCGGCCCAAGAGCGGUGCUGCGGCUUUGCAAAAGACCGGCAACCCCCACACCCCGCGGAAACCCGCGCAGCAUAGCAUCACGGCCGAGGAGCCCACGCCGUCCAGGCCCCGCAAGUGUUUGGCCGAGCAGGAGAAUCUCUUUGUGCGGUCGGACUCGUCCAGCCAGGUCCUGACGCCGCCUCUCUCGAGCCGAUCGCCCAACGUGUGCAGCGCCGUCCCGGCGAAGAGACGGGCGCACAGCGAGGAGCCGCAGGGCCCGGCCAAGAAGGCCAAGCGGGCGCAGGAGCACGACGCGAACGGCAAGCUCAUCAUCGACGAGCAGUGCCUUGCGGGCGUGGGCAACGUGGGCGAGAUCGAGAACAUCAUCAUCAACCACUUGGCGUUCUCGCGGCUCUCGUCCACGCCCGCGUCGUUCUUGAACACGAUCCUGGCGGUGGUGUCGAAGCUCACGCUCCAGCAGCUCCGCGUGGUGCUCCACCAGGUCGACUGCAUCGGCGUCAUUUACCGCCUGGGCAAGGACGCCGCAGGGAAGCCGCUCGAGGAGGAAUACUACUACAUCCCGGAGAAGGACCGCGACCCGGAGCGGAACAAGUUGGUGUCUUCUGUGCGGGGCCACGGCGGCUUGCGCGCGUGCCGCAAGACCCACAAGCAGUACUACUGGAAGAAGCCGGCGCCCAUCAAGAAGUAG